AUGCCACUUUUUCUCGCAACGCCGCCCAUAUCUGUCGCGACCGCCCACGCCUUCGCGGCCUUCUUCACGUUCUCGUACGUGGGCUCGCUCUACCUUUCGAAAGGCGCGCGUCUCUACUUCAAGAGUGGCGUGAAAGUCGACACACGACCAGGCGAAGAACGCGAGAAAGAGAGUGAGGAGCGGUGGAGAAACGACCCGGAUGUCAUACGCGCACGUCUAGUCGCGGCGAGCCUAAGUACGGCUCUGAGCGUUGGCAUGGUGUAUUGGCUGGUGCAAAGCAGGCCACUUUCGCGUAUGUCAUCCACGGAUGCUGAUUAUAUGCACCCCUUCGCGCCAUUACAGUCCACCCUCACCCGGCUCGGACUCACCCUUGGUUUUGCGCGUAACUCUCCGCUCUGGUUCAUCUUGCCUUGCCUCGUCGUUCCUGUGCUCUACCUCGGACCUCUAUACGUCAGCUGGCUUUGCGAGACUCUUCCCACACAACGGCGUUGGAGCGUCCGCGGAAGCCUUUUACCCCUAGUCUCGACUUGGGUGGGGAUCAGAAAUUAUAUCGUGGGUCCUAUCACCGAGGAGGUCGUGUUCAGAGCGUGCAUGCUCGCGGUAUACCACAUGGCAGGCUCUUCGCGCACCAAGAUGAUUUUUCUCACCCCGCUUGCGUUUGGCGUCGCGCACUUUCACCAUGCGUGGGAUACAUACAACCGCUAUGGCCGGACGGCGUCCGCCGCUCGCGUUGCUCUCUUGACGACGUUGUUCCAAACGGCAUAUACUAGUCUAUUCGGGUUCCACUGCGCGUACCUCUUCCUCCGCACAGGCUCACUCCUCCCGCCCACCGUAUCGCAUAUCUUCUGCAACAUCAUGGGCCUUCCCCAGUACUCGCAGCACGUAAGGAUGUUUCCAAACCGACGCCGCGCCAUCCAGCUUGCAUAUAUACUCGGCAUCGCAGGCUACGUCUACACGAUGCGUCAGUGGACGCUAGCUGAUAACAGUCUGUUCUGGCCCGCGCCGAGACAAGUGGCGCGCUACUGA